CGAUUCUUUACAUUCUACUCUGUCUAAUAACCUAACCUUUCUUCUUUCUCUCUCAUACAUUUCCUCCCAAUUCCCAAUUCCCAAUUCCCAAUUCCCAAUUCUUCAAACCCGAAAAACCCUAACCCCCAAUUUCGACACCAUUUCUGCAAUUAAGGAACAUCAAUGUCAGGUAGAAAUUCAGGUCCGCCAAUGCCGAUGAAGAACAUGCCGCAUCAGCAUGGCAGGAUUCCACUUCCGCCGCAUGAACCUCCGCCAUAUGGCCGAAACAUGGGUCUAAUGCCGCACCCGGCACUUCUGGAGGAGAUGAGAGAGAGAGAAUCGCAGUUUGGGAUGGGCCCACCUAGGUCACUUCCCCCUCACCCUGCAAUUCUUGAGGAUCGUCUUGGAGUUCAACUUCAAGAAAUCCAAGGCUUAUUAGUUGAUAAUCAGAGGGUCACUUCCUCCCUCCCAAGUCCUUGCGCAUCCUUGAUACAUGCAGCAAAUGAUGCAAAUAAUUCAUUCGAUAGCUUUUAAAGAUAGAUAGUACCAGAUAUAUCCCCUGAUGGAUAAUGCCUCACAAAAGCAAGCAAUUGACAAGGGUGCCUACAUAUCUUACACCCCAUCUGUGUCUACUUGCUUUUGCGCGCUCUCUCUCUCGGUCUCCCAUAGCAAUGUCUUUCUCUGCAACCUAACCAUCCACAAGCACUUACUAAUCUUGGCAAUAUAUAUAUAUAUGGAAUGGAAUAUGAUUGGUACUGCUGCACAGUAUUAUAAGGCUACACUGAAUGUUACAACAGGAUUAUCUGCACCAUACAAUAACCUUGCAAUAAUAUACAAGCAUCAGAUUUACAACACGCCAAAGGAGGAGUCGUUCACUAUUGAGGAAAUCAAUGAAGUUCGAGACAAGUUUGCUUCCUUCCUUACUGAUAGUUGUCUUUGAUUUUAAUAUUUAGUUACUUAUGAUAUAAACACAUACUUUGAAUUUAGAGUAGUAUUUUGUAAUUCAAUUCUACACUUCAUAUAUUAUAAUUUAAUUUGAAAGUUAAUUUGUUGGAUUAUUGAA